UUCACAGAUUUCGAUGUCUGAUUCAAACACUGGUGUGGUAAGGAGCCGUAUACUUGGGAUGGGCUUCACCUGAACUAAGCUGGGAUCAAUGAACUGGACAAAUGCAAUUUUAUUGGAAGCUGAUGCAGCAAAAAAGUGGGUAAACAGAUGGGGAUUUCUGGUAACUGAACGUGAUAAGAUUGAGGCUGAUCAGGAAAAAUUGAGAAAUAAAUGUCGACUGCAUACACCAGAUCACCUGAAGGUUCGACCUGCAUCACCCAUCAGCAAGUAUAUCCAGGUAGGAGCAUCACCUCCUGUUCCAAAGACAACCCAAGGAUUAAUUGGCUGGCGGUCUGCUAUACCAGGUUUGAGUCUGGAGCAAUACAAAGGUCCCAAAAGAGGAAAGUGGAGCUUUCUAAGUCAGAUGAAAUGGCCAGAAGAUUGUAUUGACUAACUUUGUAAUUGUCAAAGCAUUUUUUAAUCAUCUGUGUAUUACCUGCUCAAUGAUGCUAGUGGUUUUAGCUGCAACUCAGUCAGUACUCAAAAGGCUUGUUCUCCAUUAGGUUUUGAGAGAUGACUUUCCACAUGACUUUUAAAAUUGGCCAUAGCAAACCGUUUUUAUGCAAAAUAUUAUAUUUUGGCUUUUUUCUUCUCAAAUAUGUUUCUACUUCAACCACUUGCCUCGUUCAGUUAACUCGGUGUUUGAAACUAAGGAAAUGUCUCUCCAUUCAAGGUUAGUGUCCUUCGUGAAUACAGUGAUCCUCGUUUUUAAGGGGGUUUUCAAGGUCAAAACUGGAUGUGGGGCACAGAGACUUUUCAUAAACCCAGUGAAAGAAAAAUCUUUUUACUUCUUCCACAUUUUCUCAUUUGAGUCUGUUCUUCAUGACAAUAAAUUUUUUUCUGUGAUUUGAAAUUGUGCUGUACAACAUUCACAAUAUUGCAAUAAGUUCUUAUGGAUUUGGCUAUCUUUCCUUUUGAAUCUUUCCUUAAUCUUUGAUGUUUGUGACAUAUACUGUUCAAGAUGUGGAGAAGAUGGUCAAUAAUGCUGUCCUCCAGGGCAGCCGUAUGUAUAUCUAAGUCACACUUGGCCAGCAACCUUUUGAAUGUUCAUUGAUAAAAGCUCCAUUUCAGAAAAUCUGAACACCAAUUCAUUGAUCUGCUGUUCCUUAACAAUAUUCAUCUAGAUUUGCAUAAUUAAACUAAAAAUGUUUUAGAAAUAAAAAUAAGUUUUUGGAGAGACUGAUUCGGUCAAGCAGCAUUUUUGGAGAGAGCAAGUGAGUUAUCAUCGAAUUCAGUGUGACUUAUGGAGCAUAUUUUUAAGGUGAGAGGAGAAAAAUUUGAGGGAUCUGAGGGACAACUUUUUUUCAUAGACGGAUAUUUGUAUGUUAAAUGAACUGCCAGAGAAAGUGGUAGAUCCAGGUUGAGUUAUAGUAUCAGUUGGACCAAAGGACCUGUUUCCUUGCUGUAUGACUCAAUGACUUGAAAUAGAACUAACUGUUCAGAAUUUUCUGUUUUGUAUUUCAAAUAUCUGACAUCUGAAGUUUUUUUGAUUUUAUUGCUUCAGGUUGAUAACCUUUCACCAGAAUGUUUUAAUUGUUUUUGGAAUACUGUUUGGCUUGAUCUGUUUUAUAUAAAAACUCCUGGAAAAUA